AUGGACCGGUUCGUGGUGCGCAGGGCCCGCUGCCCGGAGAGCCCCCGCCGGGCCGCGCCGGCCCCCCGCGCCUACCGGCAGGCCACCCUCGAGUCCCUCAAGAGAGUUGUAGUUGUGGAAGACAUAAAACGAUGGAAGUCUAUGCUUGAGCUUCCUGGGCAACCAAAAGAGAAUCUGAUCGAAGCUUUGGAGGAGCUGCAGAAGAAAAUACCUUCCAAGGAAGUGUUACUUUCAACAAAAAUAGGUCACACAGUGAAUAAGAUGCGCAAACAUUCAGAUCACGAUGUGGCCAGCCUGGCCAAAGAUAUUUACACGGAGUGGCGAACUUUCAUCAAAGACCAUUCAAACAAGCCCUCAAUAGAGGUCAGGAGUGAUCCCAAGACCGAGGCUUUCAGAAAGAACGCGCGGAAGCUGCUUUGUGAAGCCCUGGAUCUAGAGAUUGAUCACCCACUGGCUGAAAAUAUUGAGCGAGAAGCUUUUCAUCUCUCUUCCCGUCUCAUUAGUGCGCCAUAUCGCAGAAUGGUGCGAGCUCUUGUCUUCUCAUUAAAGCACAAACCUGAAAUCCGAGCAGAAGUCAAGACUGGCAAGCUCACUGUCCCUGCGUUUGUACAGAGCCAUAAAAAGUGAGGUGUCAUGCUUGAUCCUGAGGUGAGAACUUCAUGUGCCUACAUCUCUGUGGAACUGGGAGCCCUUUCUGUCGUGAGGGGAGUGCAGAAGUGCUGACAGUGUGACUCACUUGGCACCACUCUAUGAACAGGGCUGCUGAAGACAAGAACUAAUAAUGAUGAAAGUGGUGCUGUAAAUCUGACUUGGUAGAAAUCCGUGUGGGCUUGUUGCAAGAAAAGUUUCUUCUACUCUGCUGUAUAUUUUCCUGCUACAAAACCAUCCUUGCUGACUCACCUGUUUCUCACUUCUGCCCGUUUGUCAUACCUCAGCUUAGCUCCAUCCCUGAUGUGGAUCUUCAGGUAUAAUCAGCUGAAUAACAUAAAGGAGCAGCUCUGUGCUGUGCUGGUAGGAAAUACUGGGAAUUCAGGGUAAUUGGUCCAUGGGAGGAAAUUCCUAGUAGAUAACUGCAAACUCUAGUUAACCCUAAAUCAGCCACGUCUGCUGCAGCUGGGCCCUGCCUGUGGCAAGAGCUAGCUGUUUUGCCAAGCCAGGUGAUUUCCCUUUGCUGCAUUCCAGAGUUGGAUGCAAAAUGGGUUUCAAUAACUUGCUAUCCACCAUUCCGUAGGCUCAGUCAUCCUGCGAUUGCAGGCAUUUUCUAAAGCCCUGGGGUGAAAAUCAAAAUGCCCUGGAGUAUAGGUGCUACCUAAUGCCUCUGCUGUUUAGUGAGCAGCUCACUCAGACUUCCAUGCCUCACUCAUGAUUUAAAUGUGGUGCUUGUUCUUACUGUAACGUGAAAAAAACUUGAAAUGAAUUUUCUAAAUAAAAUUAGGUUAUAAGCAAAAUACUCCUUUUAAAGGCUUUUUUCCUCCAAAAGGAGCAUGGUUCAAAUGAUGGUGUGAACAAAUUUAAGCAACAAACUGUUGUUUUAAUUCCUUCUAGCUAUUAAAAACUGGAAAUCU